CGGCGCUGCGUCAGGCCCCCCCCGGGCCGGGACGUUGCUGUGGUAGCGCCCGGGCGCCAUGUUAGAAGGCCGGAGGGGAAGAGGCGAGUGAAGCGGCGGCGGCCGGGCCGGCACAGCCGCUCCCUCCUCUCCCGGGGCCUGGCCCCGGCCCGUGCCAUGGUCGCGUCUCCCGCCGCUCCGCGGGACGAGUGACCGGUCCUCAGGCGGCAGCGGUGGGGGAGGACGCAGAGGAAGAGGAGGAGGGAGAAGGGGGCGACGCGGCGGCGGCGGCGGUGGUGGCGGCGGAGGAGGAGGAGGAGGAGGAGGGGCCGGAGAGACGAUGCCGUUUCCCGUUACAACCCAGGGAUCACAAACACAGCAACUACAGAAGCAUUAUGGCAUUACCUCACCUAUCAGUUUAGCUGCCCCCAAGGAGUUUGACUGCAUGCUUACCCAGAAAUUAAUUGAAACCCUAAAACCUUAUGGCGUAUUUGAAGAGGAAGAAGAGCUACAACGCAGGAUUCUAAUUUUGGGAAAAUUAAAUAACUUGGUAAAGGAAUGGAUACGGGAAAUCAGUGAAAGCAAGAAUCUUCCACAGUCUGUAAUAGAAAACGUUGGAGGAAAAAUUUUUACGUUUGGAUCCUAUAGAUUAGGGGUUCAUACAAAAGGUGCUGAUAUAGAUGCCCUCUGUGUUGCACCAAGACAUGUUGAAAGGAGUGAUUUUUUCACAUCGUUUUAUGAAAAACUAAAACAACAAGAAGAAGUGAAAGAUCUGAGGGCUGUUGAAGAAGCUUUUGUCCCAGUUAUUAAACUUUGUUUUGAUGGAAUAGAGAUUGAUAUUUUGUUUGCAAGAUUAGCACUGCAAACUAUUCCUGAAGACUUAGACCUACGAGACGACAGCCUACUUAAAAAUUUAGACAUUAGAUGCAUACGAAGUCUUAAUGGUUGCCGGGUAACCGAUGAAAUUCUGCAUCUAGUACCAAACAUUGACAACUUCAGGUUGACACUGAGAGCUAUCAAACUGUGGGCAAAACGCCACAACAUCUAUUCCAAUAUACUAGGUUUCCUUGGCGGUGUUUCCUGGGCUAUGCUAGUAGCAAGAACUUGCCAGCUUUAUCCAAAUGCAAUAGCAUCAACUCUUGUACAUAAAUUUUUCUUGGUAUUUUCUAAAUGGGAAUGGCCAAAUCCAGUGCUAUUGAAACAGCCAGAAGAAUGCAAUCUUAAUUUGCCUGUAUGGGACCCAAGGGUAAACCCCAGUGAUAGGUACCAUCUUAUGCCUAUAAUUACACCAGCAUACCCACAGCAGAACUCCACGUACAAUGUGUCCGUUUCCACACGGAUGGUCAUGGUUGAGGAAUUUAAGCAAGGUCUUGCUAUCACAGAUGAAAUUUUGCUGAGUAAGGCAGAGUGGUCCAAACUUUUUGAAGCUCCAAACUUCUUUCAGAAGUACAAGCAUUAUAUUGUACUUCUAGCAAGUGCACCGACAGAAAAACAGCGACUAGAAUGGGUGGGCUUGGUGGAAUCAAAAAUCCGUAUUCUAGUUGGAAACCUGGAGAAGAAUGAAUUCAUUACACUGGCUCAUGUGAAUCCACAGUCAUUCCCAGCACCCAAGGAGAAUCCUGACAAGGAAGAAUACCGUACAAUGUGGGUGAUUGGAUUGGUGUUUAAGAAAACUGAAAAUUCUGAAAAUUUAAGUGUCGAUCUUACCUACGACAUUCAGUCUUUCACAGACACAGUUUAUAGGCAAGCAAUAAACAGCAAGAUGUUUGAGAUGGAUAUGAAGAUUGCUGCAAGGCAUGUGAAACGUAAGCAACUUCACCAACUGUUACCUAAUCACGUGCUUCAGAAAAAGAAAAAGCAUUCAACAGAAGGGAUCAGGUUGACAGCUCUGAAUGACAGCAGCCUCGACUUGUCUAUGGACAGUGAUAACAGCACGUCUGUGCCUUCGCCUACUAGUGCUAUGAAGACGAGUCCAUUGAACAGUUCCGGAAGUUCUCAGGGCAGAAGCAGUCCUGCGCCAGCUGUAACAGCAGCAUCUGUGACCAACACACAGGCUUCUGAAGUCACUGUGCCACAAAUAAAUUCCAGUGAAAGCUCAGGGGGUACUUCAAAUGAAAGCAUUCCUCAAACUGCCACACAACCAGCCAUUUCUCCACCACCAAAGCCUACCAUCUCUAGAAUUGUUCCCUCAGCGUAUCUAUUAAAUCCAUCACCAAGAACUUCAGGAAAUGUUGCAACAAAAAUGCCUAGCCCUGUCACAGCAGUGAAAAGGACAUCUUCUCCCCAUAAAGAAGAGUCUCCUAAGAAAAUUAAAAUGGAAGAGCAGGAUGAAAUAAGUGAAGAUACUAGCUGUAUAGAUUUGAAUGAACAUGAAAAAAUGGAAGCUAAGGAGCAACCUGAGACAGAAGUGAAUGUUAAUUCUCAAGCAGAAACUCUUCAGACAACUUCUCUGCAAGCUCCUCAGAAAACACCCAGUACAGACCUUUCAGAUAUCCCUGCUCUCCCUGCAAAUCCUAUUCCUGUUAUCAAGAAUUCAAUAAAAUUGAGAUUGAACCGGUAAAAACAACCUCAGGGGUCCAUAAACAGUAUCUGCCAACUCAACCUGUUGUCUUCUAAUGCUAGAAAAAGAGGAGAAUGGAGGGUGCAAGACUAGAACAUAAUCGCAAGUGGAUGUAGGUAUAUUUUGUGCACUUCCCUUUCUGGACUAAAAUUGCCACUUGAUUGGAAGUCCAGGUUAGUAUGUGAAGCCAGGAGUACAAUUAAUGUGUUAGCAACAGUUGCAUUAAAUAUUUCGAAGGAUUACUGCCUUUAAAAACAUGAACACUAUUUGUAGCCAUAUUUGACAUUCUGAUUGAAUUUGUUUGAAUUGUUUCAAAAUUGAGAUAAAACUGGCAUAAGAAUCCCUGAAAUGCACUUUUAUGUACUUUUUUUAUUGGAGUAUGACUAAUUUUAGAUCUUUAGCUGAUACACUUUCAUUUUAUUGAAGAAUCUCUUCAAUAGUAGUAAUUUGCAAAUUGGAUGACAUUCUGUGACAUACUAUACAUUGAAAACAAAGUGUAUAGUAUAUUUACUUCAACUGCCAUCAAGCAGCAGUAAGUCUUUAAAAUGUAAGGUCAAAUCUUGGGGUUAUAAGACAUAACUUGAGGAAGUAAUUGGGAAGUUUUGGUAUUGGUGGGACAUGAUUAAGAUGUGGUCUACUUUUAUUUAUAGGAUUAUUUUAAGGUGCAUACAGAUCAGCAAUCGAACAGUAAAUAAACUUUCUUUUGAGCUAA